AAAAGGGAAGGCUGUAGCCUGAUAGACACUGGAUCCCUCUAGCAGACCAGCAACACCAGCUUCUCUCCUCUUCUGUUAUCAUCUACACUUGGCACAAUGUCUUUCCAGAGCAGAAGCUUCAGCACUCGCUCAGCUGUCCCCCAGGGAGGAUACAGCUCAGUUAGAGUCAGCCAGACCCGCACAUCCAGUGGAGGAGCUGGUGCAGGAUUUGGAAGGGCAGGAGGCUUCAGCAGCUCAAGCUUGUCCAACCUGGGCGGCUCAGUAAAGAGAAGCGUCUCCUAUGGUGUUUCCAGUGGCAGAGCUGGUGUUGGUGGUGGCUCUCUCUAUGGAGGUGGAUCUGGCUCUGGAUUCGGUGGUGGCUAUGGUGGUGGAUUCGGUGGUGGCUAUGGUGGUGGACUCGGAGGCGGUGCUGUAUCUGGACAUGGAAUCCAAGAAGUCACCAUUAACCAAAGCCUGCUGGCCCCCCUUAACCUGGAAAUUGAUCCAGCAAUCCAAACCGUUAGGAAGGAAGAGAAAGAACAGAUCAAGACUCUUAACAACAAGUUUGCUUCUUUCAUUGACAAGGUAAGAUUCCUGGAACAGCAAAACAAAGUUUUGGAGACAAAAUGGGAACUUCUGCAGAACCAGAAGUCUGCAAAGUCCAGCAACGUAGGACCCAUGUUCGAAGCUUACAUUGCCAACCUCAGAAGGCAGCUAGACAGCCUGGUCAAUGAUAAGGGCAGACUGGAUGGAGAACUAAGGAACAUGCAAGAUUUGGUUGAAGACUUCAAGAACAAGUAUGAGGAUGAAAUCAACAAGCGCACCUCUGCUGAAAAUGAAUUUGUUGUUCUUAAGAAGGAUGUGGAUGCUGCUUACAUGAACAAAGUAGAACUGGAAGCCAAGGUUGAUGCUUUGACUGAUGAGAUCAACUUCCUGAGAGCUCUGUAUGAAGCUGAGCUGCGUGAGCUGCAGGCACAGAUCUCAGACACCUCAGUUGUCCUGUCCAUGGACAACAACAGAGCCUUGGACCUGGACAGCAUCAUCGCCGAAGUUAAGGCUCAAUAUGAUGAUAUCGCCGCCAAGAGCCGCGCAGAGGCUGAGUCUGUGUACCAAAACAAAUUCCAGGAGCUCCAGGCCACAGCUGGACGUCAUGGAGAUGAUCUGCGCUCCACCAAGGCUGAGAUCUCUGAGCUCAACCGUGCCAUCCAGAGGCUUCAGGCUGAGAUUGAGAAUGUGAAGGCCCAGCGUGCUAAGCUGGAAGCACAGAUUGCUGAUGCUGAAGGACGUGGUGAACUGGCACUGAAGGAUGCCCGUGAGAAAUUGGCAGAGCUGGAGUCCGCUCUGCAGAAGGCCAAGCAGGACAUGGCCCGCCAACUGCGUGAAUACCAGGAACUGAUGAAUGUUAAGCUUGCCCUGGAUGUUGAGAUCGCCACCUACAGGAAACUGCUGGAAGGAGAAGAGAGCAGACUGUCAGGUGAAGGCGUUGGCGCUGUUAGCGUAUCUGUGGUAAACUCAAGCUCUUCAUCUGGAGGUGGAAGUGGAUUUGGAAGCUAUGGUGGAUCAAGUUAUGGUGCUGGAUCAGGCUUUGGUGCUGGAUCUGGUUUUGGUGCUGGAUCAGGUUUUGGUGCUGGAUCAGGUUUCGGCAACAGCUCUAUCAAGUUCGGCAGCGGUGGUGGAUCAUCAAGCGCUGUGAAGUCCUACUCUUUGUCAACAUCUUCCAGCAGAAGCAGCCAAAGAUUCUAAGAGGCUUCUGUAGUCCCUGAGUAAUGACAUCACCAGUACCAUCCAUACCUCCCUACAAAAAAGAGGCACCAUGUGUAAGCGCUAGGUUUGCCUUGCAUUAUUAUACCUUAAAAUUGUGCCUUGUAUCACUAACACUGUUUGGGGGUAUGGCUGGUCACUGAUGUUGUUAAAAACAACACUUCUCUUUCGCUUCUUCUUACUGCCCUUUAUGUCUGUGCUCUCCUUGAGUGCAACCUAGUUCCAUCAGAACUGACUGUUGGUUAAGCCAUUUUACAGCACCCUAAUAAAUCCUUUGCAGGUCAAUGUUUAGAAUGGUGGUGAUGCCCGUAUCCCCCCUUCCCACCCCAAAGAAAACCAAAAAAAACAAUUACAGUAUUUUAGGGUGGGAUAAACAUUAAAUGCAGUUU